UGUGGCUGUUAGCGGUAGCUAACUUAGAUUUUUCCUCCGCCGUUGCACUUCGCUCCCAUUCACAGGAGACUAUCCCGGUGAAGCAGCAGUGAAACGCACACCAUGGCAGAGCAGGACCCCACACCAGAGCAGCUGGCAGCCAUUGCAGCAGCCAACGAGGAGAGCGAAUCCUCCAUUAACUACAAACCUCCAGCCCAGAAGAGCCUACAGGAGAUCCAGGAGCUGGACAAAGAUGACGAGAGCCUGCGGAAGUACAAAGAGGCACUGCUGGGAAAAGUUGAUGUGGUUGCAGAUCCCACUGCCCCAAACGUCCAGGUGACGCGAAUGACUCUGAUGUGUGAGACAGCACCCGCUCCCCUUAUCCUUGACCUGCAGGGAGACCUGGAUGGCUUUAAGAAAAACCCAUUUACGCUGAAGGAGGGAGUUGAAUACAAAAUAAAGAUCAACUUCAAGGUGAACAAGGACAUUGUGUCGGGCCUGAAGUACAUUCAGCAGUUAUUCAGGAAAGGAGUUAAAGUUGAUAAGUCGGAGUACAUGGUUGGCAGCUAUGGCCCGAGACCAGGCGAGGAAUACGAGUUCCUCACCACCCUGGAGGAGGCGCCCAAAGGGAUGCUGGCCCGCGGUACCUACAACAUCAAGUCUAAGUUCACCGACGACGACAAGCACGAUCACCUCUCCUGGGAGUGGAGCCUCGCUGUCAAGAAAGACUGGAAAGACUGACUCCCCCCUCAUCUGCAUCCUCCUCUGCUUUGUCCAGCUUUCUCUUUCUUAAAGUCAUUCCAUGAUUUUUGUUCUGGAUUUUAUAUUUUUUUUUUCCCUCCCCAUUUUUUUUCCUUCAGACUUUAGCUCUCUCCGUCCUUCACCCCUCUGCUUUUGCCAUCUUUUUUUGUUUUAUUCCAAUCAUGUCAUUCCUCCCAUCAUAACGCUGCAUUUGUUUGCACCCACACUUUCUGAUAAGUAUUAAAUCCUCAAAACAUGGAGAACGCAAACAAUAUGCACAAUAUAGAUUUUCACUUAUAGAUUUGUUUAUAAAAGAAAAGGAAAAAAAAAAAGUAUUACCUGUAUGUGAUUUUCUCUACCCUGUUCCACCUUUUCUUUUAUUUGUUUAUUUUCUGAUUCUUUUGUAUUAACCACAAUCUGCCUUGGAUAACAUCGUACAGGAAGCGCUAGCGCUGUGUGUACGUGGUCACUUUACGGUCAUUGAGCAAUCAUUGCUGGACACAACUCUUGGACGCAGCCCUGCUAAAGCCUUUGAGCAGAUUAUUUGUACUUGGGUCUUGUUAAAUUAUUUGGAAUUCAGGCCAGCUGUUUCUCAAUAGUUUAUCGUUCCAGGCAAAUUCUGCUGAGAGAACAUGGAGGGGAAGCGGUUACCUCUAACCCUUUGUAAACCCCUGCGGCUGGUUCCCUCCUGAUCCGGGUUUUUUGGCAGUUUUAUGAGCAGCCACGUGGCCUUAACAACUAUUAGGAAUAAGUAGACGAUUUAGAUGAGCCAUUUGCCUUCAGAUUAAAUAUAUGUGAGCCUAUUUUUACACAACUUGUAAUUCAUGGACAGGGAAUCAGGACUUCCGGUGUUUAUAUUUCAGGUUUGAUUACUUAUAAAAGCCAUUGCAUAUGAGUGUUGGAUAACAUCUCGACACCAUCUUCAUUCCAGUGCUUGUAGUGGUUUUUAAAAUCUAAUAAAUGAACUCUAAGAGUCCAGUUUGUACUUGCGGCUGCUACUCGGUGUCCUCAUGUCCCCGAGGAUAUUUCCAGUGUGUCCGCAGCUCCUUCUUGAACUGAACACAGGAACUGUUCAUCUACUCACUUUGUGUAAAGUUAAAAUGACCACUGCUCACUGUGCCUCCAGACUCGUCACUGAGGGUGAAACAUGGUCUGUACUUAAGUCUUGGGAUCGGUAUAGGACUUCACAUCCUCACCCAAUACUGGUGGUUAACACACAUCCUGCCAUAGUCAAAGUGGUUGCUUAUUUUAUACAGUUCAUAAAUAAAUAUAUGAAUGAGGUGCGUUUGGCUUUGGUUCAGCUCCAACAUGUCAUGAAUGGAUGGUUUUUUCUUGGUGAGCUGAGUUUGACUCUGUGCUAUGUUACCUCAGUUUACUGAUUUCCUGUGUUCAUAUUAAAGUGUUCAGACUGGG